UCAGUAUCACUUCGAAGUAGUGUCGGAGUAGACGCGUGAGCGUUGCGUCCGUAUAGUCCACACAGCCGCAUCCCAUAAAGUUUAUUUUUUGUUUCUCCACAAUAAAAUAUUGUGUAAUAAAACGCUCCCGCGGUCACGUUGUGAGUGGUAUAGUUCACGGAUUUACACAGCUGUUGUCCUGUUGAUCCCACCUCAAUCGGGACGUUCAGCGGGACCAGCAGCAAGGCUGGCAGCGGGGAUGCGCGCGCGGCCGAGGCCGACGCCGGUGCCAUGAGCCGCGACGUCUCCACCAAGAUCGCCGCGGGCAUGGACCGCUGGCAGAACACUCUCGAGGACAUGAUCAACCUCCGCACCUCCAACAACCACCAGGCCUUCAAGGACACCUCAUGGGCGCUUAGCGGCUUCGAUGAACUUCGUCUGUACGUUAAACAAGGCGGUGAUUUCAGCAAAGAACUUGCUGCCAUAUUACAAGAAAGGAUAGAAGCUGAAAAUUAUUAUUCGAAGUGUUUAGCGAAACUGGGCACUAAGCUGAGCAAAGCUUGUAAAGAGAGCAUUGGCUCCUGCGCCGAGGCGUGGAAACAUGUCGCUACUGAGAUGGAGAAACGAGCAGAUAUUCAUAGGGCAUAUUCUCACGCUCUUACAGAGGAAUUAGUAAAACCUAUGAAAAUUGUUAUCGACAAUCAACUAAAGCUGAGAAAAAAGAUCGAGGGUAACGUGGAUAAAACUUCGCGGACUCUCUCCGAGUGGCGUACAAACGAAGUUAAAUCUAAGAAGAAUUCGCACGCAGCGGCAAGGGAAAACGAGAAACUGCAAGAUGCUACGUUAGAUAUUAGCCGGAUGCCGCGCAGCUCCAGCGUCGGGCACAUCCCGCACGCGCACUCGAUCCUGAGCGCGGCGCGCGCCGACCGCGUCGCCGGCGCCGCCAGCGAGCGGGACGCCGCCAAGCUCCUAGUCAAGAAGAGGAAGACGGAAGACGCCGUUAAAAAGACUGAAGUCGAAUAUUACAAUGUCUGUGUUCACGCGGAAAGGGCCAGGCUCGAGUGGGAAUCGAGCGUGAUGAAAGGCGCUGGCAUGCUUGAAUCUCUGGAGGAGGAGAGACUGGCUCAGCUGAAGACCGCAGCCGACUGCUACCUCAGGCUGACUGCGGCGGUGCCUCCGCAGCUAGCUGAGAUUUCUAACAACCUAGUGGGCCCCAUAAGCAAGGCGGAGCCGCACGUGGACAUGCGCGUGGUGCGGCGCGUGCGCAGCGCGCCCGCCGGCGCCACCGAGCAACUGCUGCCAGACUUCUACUGCGAGCACACCACGCUCGCCAUGAACAAAGAGCGCCGCAAGCAGGCACUGCUAAAAAUUCUACAACUAGUAAAACAAGAUAUUGAUAGAGAGCGCAAGUCUAAGCAGGGCUUGGAGAAACUGUCCAUGGCCAUGAAGCAGACGCCUACCUUCGGCAACGACGACUCGCAACAGAAUGUCGCCGACAAACUAUAUCACAUGAAAUCAAUGUUGACAUAUUUGGAAGCUGUAAGAUACAAAAUAACGUCAACAUUGAACGAACUCGACAGCCGGGCGCCCGUCAGCCACCCCCUGGCGACACACAUCAAAGUCAUCAGGGACAAGCAAGGCCUGCAACAGAGCGUACUGAAAGUGCCUCCAUGGCUGCAGGAGGACUAUCAGAACGAAGUCAACAAAAAUCUGCAACCAAAUUACACGGCGCUAACUAAAAGCGUGAACGGCGGCGGCGAAGAGAGGGAAAGGCGUGACUCGAUAAUGAGCAGGGCGUCGAGCAAGCUGCGGAUAGAGCACCUGUCGUUCCGACGGAGCACGGACACGCCCGCCGCGCCGCCGCCGCCGCCGCCGCCCGAGAGCCCGCUGGACUGGAGCGAGCGCGGCGCCGGCGACGGACUCUCCAACCAGCAGGACAGCGACUUCGACGAGUUUUCUUCGCAAAGCGACAGUUCUCACAGUUCUACGGAUCUGACCGACAUGCUGAAGAACGAGAGCGGCGACAAUGCGACACCCACCAAGUCUAUCGGCAAAUGUAGAGCGCUGUACAUUUACGAGGCCAGGCUAAACGACGAGCUGACUCUAUCGCCAGGCGAUAUAAUAAACAUCCACGAGAAGCAGGAGGACGGCUGGUGGGCAGGCGACCUGGACGGCCGCUACGGCAUCUUCCCCGCCUCCUACGUCGAGGAGAUCACCACCUGCAUAUGAACCUGACACCCGACUGACCACUUACC